AUGACGAGUAGCACGUGGAAGAGGAGAGGAGAAGGAGGAGGAGGUGGGGAGGAGAAGAUAAGCUUAUCAACUUCAAAGACAAUUAUAAUGACUCCGAUUCUAACAGGGAUCUUGUUUGUUUCGAUGUGUCUUGCAAGUACUGCUGCAUUUUCACUGUCAUUACAAUCAGGCAUCAUACCAGUGACCCAAGGGACUAAUGUCAAAUACGACAAGGACAUUAACGCUCCUGCCUUAGGUGAUGGAUAUGAUCGGGCUACGGGUGUUUUUACUGUUCCAACUACUGGAGCUGGUACUUACUUAAUAUCUGUUAGCAUGAUGUCUGGCUUUAAAUCCGCUCACCUUAAUGUAAUGAAGGGAACAACUGUUUUGGGGUGGCUUUUUACUGAUAAAACCUAUAACAUGGCAUCACUAACUAUCGACGCUCUUCUGGCAGCCAACGACCAGAUGUCUGUACAGAUGAAGUUUGGAUCGGAGUUGUUUGAUGUUUAUAACACUUUCAGCGUAACUAAGAUAUGA